UGAUAGCAGUUUUAACUUGUUAUACGUUAGUCGGGUUUUGUAGCGUCAUAUUGAAUAUUUAACAUGUGUUUAACUACGUUAGUAUCAUGGGAGGUUGAUAAUGCGAAAAGAAAAUUAAAUGAGCCAGAAAGCAAGUUUAAAAAUAAACUGUUCAAAGACACAGUAAAUGGAAGAAAAUUGGAGUUUAAUGAGGAUCAUCUUAUUGUUGCAGUGUUGUCCAUAUUGUUUAUAGUUAUUUUACAUUUAGUUUUAAUUUUGGGACAUAUCUUUUAUCACGAGUGGAAAUAUUUUAAAACAGAAAUGAUUAAAGAUUUUCCUGUGCCAUGUUCCUCCCUUUCUUUAAGUGCCGAUGAAGAUUAUGUAACAUUUGAUUUGAACAAAAGUGUUUUGAAAACAUACAUUGAUGACAAAGGAAAUUAUAUUUGCAGUAAAAACAAUUUGUCAGAAAUACUCCAAACGGUCGUGGAGAGAGUAUCAAGGGUACAGCUAGCUCAAGGACAAGAUAAGCGAUAUUUAUCCUGUGGAAAUGAAAGCCUCAGAGAAGCCUCCGGAUAUCAGACGGUAUUCUUCAGGGAAAUCUUGAAGCAAGAAAACAACUCAGUGCAAGCAUCCAUUCCAUCUAAUAACCUUACAUCUAUAAUACAGUCGAGGAAAAAUGCAACGGGACAUAAAAAGGUCUCUCUAGUUUGCUGGCUAAUUGGAAGCAUUUUGGCUAUGUGCAAUAUAGUGAAGCUGACGCAGCAGACAAUAAACUGUACUGGAAUAAACAUCCAAGUAAAUGCUAUGUGGACAACUCGAUUAAAUACGACGAUGGUGAGGUGAUCAUUCCGGAAGGACGAGACUACUAUCUGUAUGCGUCGAUACAUUUUAAUAUAACACACAAGAACGGAAUCGACCAGAAAGGGGUUCAAAGACCAGAAAGAAUUACAAUCAGAAUUUGUAAAACUGUAUACGGAUAUGAACAGACAUUGGUAGGGAGAUCAGAAAUAUUCAAUAUGACAAAUACUGGUGAUGUAGUUGGUAGCCUAAAAAUAGAAACACAUGUACAUCUAACAAGAAAUGAUAGAAUUUAUGUCCGAGUAAACGAUGCAAGCAGAAUUAUACAUAACUCAAAAGGUAACUCGUUUGGAUUAUUUCCUCUAUAAGUUAGAAUAUGAAGCAUGGGUAUUUUUAUACUUUUGUUAUAUUUUUUGCAUGCAUGUAAACUAACAAAAUGUUAUGCUAAAGUAAAAGGUCAUUGGCUAUUGGAACAGUAGCCUAUCGAAAUAAAACUUCAAAAAUCUCAAAUUUAAAUAUCUAUUGAGGUUUUUUUGUUUUGUUUUUUAAUUAUAAGACCAGCAAAGGAAAUAUUUGAUAUAAUUCUUGCAUGUCCAAGCAUGUCUUUGCAACACUGGCACCGAUUCAGGUAGCACCAAUCUCUAACAGGAUUGUAUAAAUAAGAAGUAUUACAGCUCAGUAGAAGGAUCUCAAAUUUCAAUGCUUUACAUAAUUAUUCAUAACGAAGUAUGUUUUAUUAAUGUAAACAUUGUUUUUUCUCUUUUUUUACUAAACGUACCUUCAUAAACUUUAUAUGGUUGCAUAACUUAUCGUAUGAAAUAGACUUUCCCCGUAAUUAAGAAUAAUUUGGGGUUUUCCUAGCUAAUCCAGGGGUACAAACAAAUGUACUACUAAAGAACCUCUGGAAAAAUAAAACUGAGUAGGUAAUGUUUACGAUUUCGAGCUGUCCAUAUAGUCGGCAGGUAAACUGACAAAACAAUCUUGCCCAUUAAAAUUGAGUAUAGCUUUUUACCAGUUUAAAUGUUUCAAAUUACCUUAAACUUUUUUUUCUAACAAAAAUCCAAAUUGUUUUACUUCCACGGACAGUGAUACCACGUCUAAUGUCUAUCUUUAAAGAACGAUUUGAUUGCAUGGCUAAAAUAGCUCUCUCGAGAAAUCCGAAUCAUAACGAAGGCUAAACAAAUACGGUGUCAAUCAGAUCUACAUGCAAGAAAUAACUUGAGAGUAGAUCUGAACUUUAGUCAGUUUGUCUGAUAUAAAUACCUGUUUGUUUGCUUUUUGUUGUUUUUAAUGGGGCGAGGGGGUUCUUUGUUGUUAUUUUUUUACAGGAAAUGCAUUUCAAAACUAAUUAUAGAUUAUAUGAUAAAUAGUGUGUCACGAGUGCCUUUCCAUAUCAAAUUCAUUAAACGAGUUGAAUUAAAAGUGAUCAAAAUUAAAGGCUGUAUCGAGUAUGCGAUAAAAUUGUUGAUAACAGAAGAUAAGUACUAUCGGCGACUGACUUUUUGUUGACAGUGCGUAUGAAUAUCAGUAGCUUGACAGUUGCAUAAUUAUAAGGCCCUCUUUAUUAAUUUGAUAACGUUUUAUAAAUUUUCUGCCUAAAAUACAGGAAUAUCUUGAAGCGCGAAUACGCUACAACUGAUAGAAAAGUCAGUAUUAUGUAAUUGACAAGUACGGUACCAUAUGUGGAAGUGCCAGACUAUUUUGACGUUGGUGUGUGUAUGAAAUAGCAUUUGGAAACAGGAACCAAACUUUUUAAAGGCGAAGCCGGUUUUUGCAAAAAUUACAUAUUUAUUUAUUUUCUUGACAGCUACAUUUCGGUUUCUGAAAUAACUAAUAGGAGUAAGGUAUAUUGAAACUCCUUUUGACUUAAAGCGGGAAGGAAUAUAAAAAUAGGAAAAUAAUGUUGUAUAAGCUUUCAAAGGUUAUACUACUCGCAACAUAGGCAAAAUUGAUAUCUCGCGAGACCAAACGAGAUAUCAAUUUUCCAACCCUGCUUGUAGAAAAAUACAAAGCCUCAGAAAGCUACUACAACAUAAUAUUCCCUAUUUAUUGCAUGUUUUUAUCUCCUGCGUAGUAGUGGUUUAUGUAAAGACAAAAAUAUUCUAAAUCUAUAAACAGACUAAAAUAGCUUUUUAUUUUUCUUGAAAAGGUUAUAAAGCCAUUUAAUCUGUGUUAUAAAUUGAUAUUUACACAGAGAGAUAAAAAAAAACACAACGCUUGCGUAAACAGCUGCGUUUUCCCGCCAAAUAUAUAAAAAUAGAUAUAUCAAGUAGGAAUUUGCAUUACAUUUUUUUGCACUGUUUUGCCAAUAACUUUUUUAUUAAUUAUUAUGACUUGUUAAAACAUGUUGUUUACGCGAUCUUACAUGACAGAUUCCCUUUUUUCUUAAUUUGAACUGUCCAUGAACAGGUUCAAACCAAGGCUGCGACAUUUUAAAUUUGCCGUAUUUGAUCUUCUUUACGGAAUUAAUUUCGUAUAAUUUAUUUCAUAUAAUAACGUCAUUAUUUUUUUGUAAUAAGAUCCCAUGAUAUAAAUGAUAAUAUUAUAUUUUUAAAGGUUGAUUUCAAAUGAAUGUAAUUUAAGUGUUACUGUAUAUCCAUUAAAGGUAUGAUAAAGGCCAUAUGUAAAUAAUUGUUUGAAUGGCUGUUUGCAACAUAUAAAUAUUUAAUAUGUAAUGAAUAAAAAGUAUAAAUUACAUUCUUGAUAUAUUAUUUGCAUAAUUAUUUGCAUAAAUUAAAUAUACCCUACAGUGUUUAAUUAGGAAUGUA